AUGGACUGGUAUCUAAAGAAGUAUCCAGACGCCAAGAUCCUUGCCGACAGGCUCUCCAUGCUGGCACAAACCGAUGGGGAGGACAUGUCGAAGUACCUUGAUUCCGAAAACCUAUCUCUAGCAGAUUGCAUAUACACAGAAAGAUUGUACAGAUCUAGGGAUGUCAAAAGGACAUUGAGAAGGGUUGCAGCAAAAGAAGGUUCAAGGAUAGAAAAGAUUGUUUAUGAAAUGCUCUGCAAGAGAAAGAUUGUUUUCGACGACUAUCUGCUGAAGCUGUCUUUUAUAAAGAGAUUUGGAAGGUUUAAGAGGUUUUUUAUUGAUGGGAAGGAACCUGAAUACCGGAUGGAGAUGAUGGUCCACAAACUCCUCUAUCUCGGGGAAAAUGUUGUUGAGGAAGUUGAGAAAGAGAUUGUAAGAGUUCCGGGUGACAAGGCAUGGGUUUACAUGGGUUUUCUUGGAUCUUCUGUGGGGCGGGAUGUGAUUAUGGAGGUUAUGAGCCGUGUGAGUAUUGAGUUCAAGCCCUUUGUCGGCUCUUUCCUCCAAAAGGAAGAUUACUACAACAAGAUGUGCAGUGUGAUUCUGAAGUCCCCUUCCGAAGAAAGAGGGGCCGUAAUCUUGUCAAUGGGAGUCCUUGACAAGGCCCAAUUCUACAGGUCACUUCUUCAUGUAUGGUUUUCCGAGAGUGGAGGGAAGAGAAGAUUCAACGACCUUAUUGAGAUAAUGAGGGAAGUGAAGGUAGACAGGAGAAUGAAGACGGAGAUUAUUGAUGGGUAUCUAAACGGGCUUAUCUACCAGAGGAGGGUAGGGGAGUUUAUGAAGCUAUUUAAGCUUGCAAAAAGAAUGAAGAUCUGCAGAGAUGAACACAAGCUGUUUGAAAAGCUUUAUAAUGCUGUCCGUAAGUACAAAAGAGAAGGGAAGCUGGACCUAAGAAGGUUUCUAGAUGGAUGCAAGGAAAGAAAGAAGAAGGAUUUGGUGUCUCCGUACAGCUGGGAAAGUAUACAUGAAAUGUACAGAGAAUGA